AUGUCACAUCAACCACGAAGGUCGAUCAUCAAGCACCCACACGACUUUGCUGGUGCUCCCCAGAUCCUCUCCACUGCUGAAGGAUACGGCUCGCACGAUCAUGCGGCAACUGCAGCCCGAUACGGAACAGGCAAUGGCUAUUCUCACAGCGACGAUGAUGAACUCCGCGCCAAUCGCGCGGUUCCUGGAGAGCUUGAUCUUAUACCACAACGCAGCGCACCGCCGCCUCCAGGCUCAUCCAAGUCAUACGCUCCCAGUGCUACUGGCUCCCCGAGUCUGGGUGGAAGCGCGUCGGCGUUUGCGCGGCCAAGCCAAGCUGCACCGAUAGGCUCCAGUGGACCUUACGCCGCUCACGGCAGCCCUCCAAUGAGCGGCUCGUCUUACGCCAGCAAGCCGCAGAGAUCUUCAUACAUUGCGGGGUCGUACCGCCAAGGUCCCACAACAGUUUCUGGUCUGCCAGGUGGGGGACCUUCUGCCGCACGCUCUGGCUUGCCAUCCUCUACCGGCGCGCCAAGUGGAUAUGCAAGUGGCAGCGCAAGCAAGUAUGGCGCAGGCUCCUCUACCGGAGAUGCACCGCGACCGGCACCACCUUUGCGAUCAAACACGAUGGGUGCAGACGCUUACUAUGCUGCAGCGCCAGCAGGUGUCACACCGAGCGGGUUUGUACCUAGUUCUGGUGCUCGGUCGCACGCAAGCGUUAGUGGGCCAGCUCCAUCUCCGCAUCUAGGUGCGACGACUUCAAGUCCUCUCAGCAGCGGCUCGGCUACAUUCGAUUAUUUAGGCGGAGCGUCACCGGUGGUAGAUGCAGAUGCAGGAUCUGUUCAAAGCGGCCAAUUUGCCGGCCCACAGGCCAGCAUUCGUUCACGAGACGGGAGUCUGAGCGGCCCUGCUGGGCGUAACACCUUUAAAUCAGUCUUUGGUGGCUUCGUCAACUCAAUGAGCGGUAUGUAUCACGCUGAGGAAAUCUGAGUUGCAUGGCGCAACAGAAAGGGCUGGAGUUACUGACGUACUUGCGGCACCUCUACGAAUCUUCUGCUCUCAUCUCAGAUGUCUUCUCGCAGCAGAAAAAGAUUGAGAUUUCCACGCCCUACGAUCCUGUCCAUCUGACCCAUGUUGGCUUCAACUCCGACACUGGGGAAUUUACUGUGAGAUCGAGCAACACUGUAUUGCUCCGCUGAAAUUACGAGCCAUUGACGCCAAUCUCUGCUGCCUCGAUCCUCUGCAUAGGGCUUGCCCAAGGAAUGGCAGCAAUUGCUGCAAGAUUCUGGUAUUUCAAAACAGGACCAAGAGGCUAAUCCUCAGGCGGUCAUGGAUAUAGUAGCAUUUUAUCAGGACGCUACCCAGAACAUGGGCGAAGAAGAAGCCGUUUGGAGAAAGUUUGGGGGUGCAGGUGCGAAGUCUUCCGCUUCGGCUGGGACAGGCACACCGGGCAGCUCAGACGGCCGAUUAGGAGCGGGGGAGGAACAGCCUCCACCGCCAGUGUCAAAAGGCGUUUACGAGAAGCCUCGGGCAGCUCCCCCUCCCCCUGGAGGUGCGUCCUCCGCGAAGAAGUCCCUCAGACGGCCACCUUCGCCCGAAAGGUUUGCGGCACCAACAGCGGUCGUGCCAGAUCUUAAACCCUCACGGCCGGCUCCGGCCCCUGUGCCGGCUGCUGUCAAGCCAGCGCCGCCCAAGGCCGUUACUGCAAGUGCCUCGGGUGCGAGCGUCGCGCCUGUCGCUUCGAGACCAGCACCUCCGGUCGCUGCGUCCAAGACACAGAGCCCGUCAGCGGCACCUGGAGGUGGCAGCUCCAAAGGCCCUGGCGCUACGCCUCGUCGUAGAGAGACGAAAAAGACACAGAUGAACGAUGCAGACGUGAUCGCAAAACUGCAGGCAAUUUGCACAGACGCAGAUCCUACGAAGCUGUACAGGAGUCUUGUGAAGAUUGGACAAGGGUGAGUGUGCGAUGCUCACCGGCGGUCCAGCAGCAGCCUGAGGAAGAGCUGACUGGACUCGAAUUUUCCUUGGCGUUACGUCAAUAGAGCCUCCGGUGGAGUGUAUACAGCUUAUCAAGUGGGAUCAAAUCUGUCUGUGGCCAUCAAGCAGAUGAAUUUGGACCAACAGCCAAAGAAAGACUUGAUCAUCAACGAGAUUCUGGUUAUGCGGGAAUCUAGGCAUCGGAACAUUGUGAACUUCAUCGACUCUUUCUUGUACAAGGGCGAUCUGUGGGUGGUGAUGGAGUACAUGGAGGGCGGCAGUCUGACAGACGUCGUGACAUGCAACAUCAUGACAGAGGGCCAAAUUGCUGCAGUCAGCCGCGAAGUGCUCGAGGGUCUGCGUCAUUUGCACGCCAACAGCGUCAUUCAUCGAGACAUCAAGAGCGACAAUAUCCUUUUGUCCAUGAACGGUGACAUCAAGCUCAGUGCGUUGGGCCAAAGCUUCAGCGCACGAAUCAACCAGGAUGCUGACCUUUGCCUGCUUUGCUUCUCCCGCGCAGCUGACUUUGGCUUCUGCGCUCAGAUCGGAGAAUCCCAAGCGAAGCGUACUACGAUGGUCGGAACUCCGUACUGGAUGGCACCCGAGGUGGUCACACGCAAAGAGUAUGGGCCGAAGGUGGACAUUUGGAGUCUUGGUAUCAUGUGCAUUGGUGAGUGAGAGCGAGCCAUGAGCCCAAUCUCGAACUCCGGGCUAAUUUCAUUCUCCGGCUACAACAGAAAUGGUGGAGGGCGAGCCUCCUUACCUGACUGAGAACCCGCUUCGCGCAUUGUACCUCAUCGCGACGAACGGUACGCCAAAGAUCAACAAUCCGGAGAAUUUGUCCAGCACCUUCCGCGACUUUUUGAAGACGUGCUUGGAUGUGGACGCAGAAAGAAGGCCAGAUGCCACGACUGUCCUUGGAGUGAGUGUUGCGUGUGCUUAUGCAUCUGAAUGGAUUGAAGCUGACUCUGGUGUCCGCACGCCACACAGCACUCCUUCUUGAAGUAUUGCGACAGCUUGCGGACACUGAGUCCUCUGAUUAAAGCGGCCCGGGAGCAGAACAAGAAGUGA